AUGCCUCCGCCGUCGCUGAUCCCCUUGGAAUCCAUCUGUAAUGUCCGACUGGCGACCUCGGACCCCGAUUCCUCCUGGAACAUCACCUUCGACCGCCCCAACAACCACGACAACAAUGAUAAACCACUGGCCCUUCCUACCCUUACACAUCCCCACAUCCACCUCGACAAAGCCUUCGUGCACAGCGCCCUCUCCUCCGCAUCUCAUCUGCCCUCCACCGGCUCGUUCCAGGAAGCCCUGAGUCUCACUGCGCAAGCAAAGGCUGGGUUCCACCGCUCGGAUCUGCUGCAACGCGGUGAAUGGCUGCUCGCCGAGUCCGUCGCCUCGGGCGUCACGGCCAUGAGAGCCUUCGUGGAAGUCGAUCACACGGUGGGACUGACCUGUCUGGACGCAGGGGUGGAGUUGAAAACACGCUGGGAGGCGGCCUGCCAGAUCCAGUUGGUCUGUUUUGCCCAGGACCCCGUCUUUUCCGGCGAGUUCGGCGACGAGAACCGUGCAUUACUGGAGGAGGCCUUGGCCCGGUACCCCCAGGUGGAUGUGAUCGGGACGACGCCGUACGUGGAGGCUGGUGAGGCGGCGGCGAAGCGCAAUAUCGACUGGGCGGCGGCGCGUGCCUUGGAGCUGGAGAAGCAUGUGGAUUUCCAUCUGGAUUAUAAUCUGGAUGGCGGGAGGGAGGCCCUCGUGUGGUAUGUUUUGGAUGCGCUGCGGAGGAAUCGGUGGACGGCGAGCACCACAAACAAACGAGUGAUGCUGGGCCACUGUACGCGGCUGACGCUCUUUGAUCAUGAGGAAUGGAGCCGGCUGGCCCGAGAGAUACAUCAACACGAUCUGCCAGUGAGCUUCGUCGGGUUGCCGACCAGCGAUCUGUAUAUGGCCGCGCCGCCUGGUGCUGAGAGUGAUAAUGGCCGACCACGGGGUACCCUGCCAGUCCCCGAGAUGAUCCGCAAGUACGGCCUGGACGCCGUCAUGGGGGUAAACAAUGUAGGAAAUGCAUUUACGCCGUGGGGAUCGCCGGAUCCGCUGUCGCUGGCUUGCUUGGGGGUGGGAGUUUAUCAGACGGGCACGCAGGCCGACGCGAACUUGCUGUACGAGUGUGUCUCAACGCGAGCCCGCACGGCCAUCGGGUUGUCGUCGAGGACGUCCGACCUGGUCCUGAAACACGGCGAUUGCGACGAUGUCUUGCUGUUCUACAAUGUAGAUGAUACCGGCUGCGGAGUGUCCAGGCAACGAACAAGAGUUGCGGAUGUCGUCUGGGAUCCUCCCGCUCGAGUGAGUAGGAGUGUUGUCAUAAGAGGCGCCCUCAAGAGACCACCGCACUCCGUAUGUCCCGACACAGCGAGGUCUAUGAUCGAGGCGAUGUACAGCUUCUGCAAGAAACAAGGGGUGACCGAAAGAGAAUCUCUCUAG